CCUCGCUCUCUCCCUGAGAGUGUCCCUGAGGAUUCCCCACCCCCCCCAUCCCAUCUCUGGGGGGUGGUGCACAGCCCAAUGGGUCCCUACCCCCCCGGCCUGUGAGCAGAGGGGCUCUCUGAGGAUUUGAAAACCCAGCCUACCCCUACCCCUUGCCCCUUGCCCCUUGCCCCCCUCCCCCUUGCCCCCUCCCCCUGCCCUUGCCCCUUGCCCCCACUCCCUCCCCUUGCCCCUGCGUGGCUCCAGCCCGGACCCUGGAGAUGAGGCACGUCAGCCGAUACUGGUGGAUCGUACUGUACCAGUGUUACCUCUGUCAGUGCCAAGAAAGACAGGGUUACCUGGUGUCAGCUCCCUCAGUUUUUCGUGCAGGCCUGAAGGGGGUGGUCAGUGUCACCAUUUUUAAUCCAGUUAAGGAAACAAAAGUCCAGGUCCAGCUGGUCACAAAAGGGGCGGUUGUCGCUCAUGGUCAAGGCUCUGUCUUCGGAAAAGGGACAGUCACGUUAAAGGUACCUCCAGGGGUCAGUGGACAGGCGCACUUAAAGGUUUGGGGCAAUCGAUAUCUCACUGAUGAUGGAUACAUCUUCCAUAAUUUCACGACCGUUACCAUUGACUCCAAGGGAUCUUCAGUAUUUAUCCAGACAGACAAACCAGUCUACAAACCCAAACAGAAAGUGCUGAUAAAUGUGUUCACUGUCACCCCUGACCUUCGACCCACCAAUCAAAAGGUCGAGGUGUAUAUUGUGGAUCCACGAGGUUCUCGCAUGAUUCAGUGGAAUGACCUGAAGUCAGUGUGUUGUGGCGUUGUAAAUAUGAGCUUUCCACUGUCAGAGCAGCCUGUGCUGGGACAGUGGAUGAUAUUCGUACAGCUGCAGGGUUACAGCUACAAUAAAACCUUUGAAGUUCAGCGAUAUGUUUUACCAAAGUUUGAACUGGUCAUUGAUCCGCCCAGGUACAUCCGAGAUCUGAACAGCUGUGAGGAAGGAUGUGUCCGUGCCAGAUACACGUUUGGGAAACCAGUGUUGGGGAGGCUCACGGUGAACAUGACAGUAAAUGGAGUGGGUUACUAUCGCCAUGAGCUGGGACACCCUGUGGUGAAGACAAUGGAGAUUGAUGGGUCAUCCACUUUUCUGAUUUGCGCGAAGGAGAUGAUGCCAGUUGAUGUUCCGGAUCAUUUCCGAGGUUCGGUGAGCAUUUGGGCCUCAGUGGUGACUGUGGACGGCAGUAAACAGACCACCUUUGAUGACUCAACCCCAGUUCAUAAGCAGCUCAUCGAUAUCAAAUACUCAAAGGACACUCGCAAACAGUUCAAGCCGGGUCUUCCCUAUAAAGCCAAGGUGGAGGUGACCUAUCCAGACGGAAGUCCUGCAGAUGGUAUAACCGUGCGCAUCAAAGCUGAGCUCACUCCGAAGGACAACGUGUACACGAGUGAGCUGGUGUCAGAGAACAGCCGGGUAGAGUUUGAGAUCCCGUCCAUUCCGACUGCUGCCCAGUACGUCUGGCUUGAGACAAAGGUGACGGCUAUUAAUGGGACACCAGCUGGAGACCAGUACCUUCCCAGUUAUCUCUCCAUUAGCAGCUGGUACUCACCGAGCAAGUGCCAUAUUCAGUUGCAGGGGCCUGACACACCUCUCCAGGUCGGGGAGGAAGCUGAAAUUCCCCUGAAAUCCACCUGCUCCUGUGACUUCACGUUGCACUAUGAGCUUGCAUCACGGGGAAGCAUUGUGAAAACAGGAAGGCAACCAGCGAGUGUCACUCAGCAACGGAGCAAGAGAGCUACAGUCACCUUCGACAAGAAGAAACAAUCUGCACAGAGCUAUCAGUCCAGGUCUUCAGCCAGUGAGGUGGAUAUAUGCAGCACGUCCCUACGGUUCACUGUCACACACAGCAUGUUGCCGCUCACUCGGCUGCUUGUCUAUUAUGUCCGGGAGAAUGGCGAGGGCAUCACUGACAGUAUCCAAAUCCCAAUCCAACCAACCUAUCAGAAUAAGGUAUCGAUCUCACUUUCUGCCAACAAGACAGUUCCUGGUGACCUUGUCAGGGUUGCAGUGAAAGGGGAGCCACGGUCCUGUGUUUGUGUUGCGACUGUGGACAAGAGUGUGUAUUUAUUAAAACCGGGCUUCCAGCUCACCACUGACAAGAUAUUUCAGGAGUUGGCUAGUUACGAUGUUUCGGACGCUUUUGGAAUUCCGAAGGAUGAUGGUCACUUCUGGUGGCCUGGGCUAUCGUCACGGCGACGGCGGAGGAGAUCCUCGGUUUUCCCCUGGCACUGGGAUAUCACCAAGGACGCCCACUUUGCUUUCAGCGAAACGGGUCUUGUGGUGAUGACAGACGUUGUAAGCCUGAACCAUAGACAGACUGGAGGCAUGUACACCGAUGAGGCAGUGGUAGCAUUCCAGCCUCUCACAGGCACCUUGGUGGCAGCACUCAAUCCGAGGAUAGUUCCCAGAGUUGAGAAGAGGAAAAGAACUUUCUUUCCAGAAACUUGGAUCUGGCAUUGCCUCAACAUCAGUGACACCACUGGAGAAGCUCGUUUACUUGUCGAGAUCCCAGACUCCAUCACCACCUGGGUAACUGAGGCAGUCAGUCUGUCCCAGGACAGUGGGCUUGGACUUGCUAAAGCCACGGAGCUCCGCACAUUCAAACCUUUCUUUGUGGAUUUCACUCUGCCGUAUCAUGUGAUCCGUGGGGAACAAACCAAGAUCCCAGUGACUGUUUACAACUACCUUCCGAGCUGUGCCGAGGUUCAUGUGAAGAUCACUGUUCCUAAAGGAAUCAAAUUCAUCGGUCACCAGGGGAAACGGCACCUGACCAGGAAGAUCUGCAUCAGCUCCGAGGAAACGAAACUGACCUCCAUCGUCCUGUCGUUCAGUGAACUGGGCCCUGCCAAUAUCACAGCCAAAGCGUUUGCUUACAGUGAGAGCAGCUGCUGUGAGGGAGGGCUACACAGCCUGAAGAACAGCAAGUACCUGGAGGAGAGCUACACAGACAGGAGGAGCCCAGCUGGGAUGGACUAUGUGAAGAGACAAGUGCUGGUGGAGCCUGAAGGAUUGCCCAGGGAGUACACCUACAGCGUCUUCUUCUGUCCCAAUGAAAAGAUUCACAUUUCCACUCCGAACAAGUAUGAGUACCAGUACAUUCAGAAACCAGCCAAGAAGGUACACUUUGACGUAGCUGUGAAGGCACAUAAUGAUGCUCACUUUGCCUUGUCGACGGGACCUCGUGACACAGCAGAAAUGAUUGAGAUUGUGAUCGGAGGACGGCAGAACACAAAGACGUGGAUUGCGGUGAGCAAGAUGGGUGAGCCGGUGGUCAGUGCAAACACGCCUCAGAUCCUGUCCUGGGAUGAAUUCCGAAACUUCUGGAUUUCCUGGAAGACUGGCAUUGUCCAGGUGGGGCACGGUUUAAAACCAUCAAACCAGUCCCUGAUUGUGGAGUGGGCGGUCACCAGACUCCUUGAGAUCAAUUACAUCGGCUUUUCAACUGGAUGGGGCUCAGUGGGAGAAUUCAAAAUCUGGAGGAAAGAGGAAUCGGAUGAAAACCACAACGAAGCCUUCACUCUUGGAGUGCCUCACAAUGUCGUCCCUGGGUCUGAGAGAGCGACUGCAUCCAUGAUAGGUGAUGUGAUGGGUCCAACACUGAAUAAUCUGGACACCUUGCUCCGCCUCCCCUUUGGGUGUGGGGAGCAGAACAUGAUCCAUUUUGCUCCGAAUGUCUUUGUGCUAAAAUACUUGCAGAAGACAAAGCAGCUAUUCCCGGAGGUGGAGAGUGAGGCUACGGAUUACCUGCUGCAAGGAUAUCAACGCCAGCUGACAUACAAGAGGGAGGAUGGAUCGUACAGUGCAUUUGGUGAGAGGGAUUCUUCUGGGAGCAUGUGGCUGACUGCAUUUGUAUUGAAAUCCUUUGCACAGUCUCGUGGAUUCAUUUACAUUGACCCGAAAGAGUUGGUCACUGCCAAGGACUGGAUCAUUCAGCAUCAGAAAGAGGAUGGUUCAUUCCCUGCAGUCGGGCGCAUUCUCAAUAAAGACAUCCAGGGUGGGAUCCAUGGUAAAAUUUCGUUGACUGCCUAUGUUGUUGCAGCUCUACUGGAGACAGGACUCAGCUCCGAGGAAGAGAAAGCUGCAGUUGGAAAAGCUAAACAUUUCUUGGAGACGAACGCAUACUCAGCAGAUGAUCCAUACACCACGGCCCUUUCUGCCUAUGCACUGACCCUACUCCGCAGUAAACAUGCCCCAGUCGCACUGAGAAAGCUCAACAACAUGGCCAUAAUGCAAGAUGGCUUUACACAUUGGAGUCUGACGGGUACAACAGUCACUGAUGAAGACACCUUCAUGGGUUUUAGUGAUGGCCUCUCACAAUCAGUUGUAUCAGCUGAAGUGGAGAUGACUGCCUACGCUCUCCUCACCUACACCUCCCUCGGUGAUGUAGCCUCUGCUCUUCCUGUUGUUAAAUGGCUCUCACAGCAACGUAACACACUGGGAGGGUUCUCUUCCACACAGGACACAUGUGUCGCUCUGCAAGCCCUGUCGGAAUAUGCCAUCCUGUCCUUUGUGGGAGGGGUCAAUCUCACCAUCUCACUCGCAUCAACUAAUCUGGAUUUCCAGGAAUCUUUUGAGCUGAACAGGGAUAACAAGAAAAUCCUGCAGACAGCGGUGAUCCCGAGUGUCCCAACAGGCCUGUUUGUCAGUGCAAGGGGGGAAGGCUGCUGCUUAAUGCAGAUCGACGUGACGUACAAUGUUCCUGACCCAGUGGCGAAGCCAGCAUUCCAGCUCUCGGUCAACUUAAAGGAGCCAGAGCGUGACCAGCACCAGCACCAUGCCAGGCCAUUGUCCAGGAACGAGAACCGCUCUGCACGAUCCCAGAGAAAGCGUGCACUGGACCAUGAUGAUGAUCCAGCCUCGCACCAAGAUCGUCAGGAGUAUAAGGUCACGGUAGAGGCAUGUGCCAGGUGGUUGCAUUCUGGAUCUUCAAACAUGGCAGUCCUUGAGGUCCCUCUGCUGUCUGGGUUCCGAGCAGAUAUUGAGAGUCUUGAACAGCUGCUCCUGGGUAAACAAAUUGAACUAAAACGAUAUGAAGUGGAUGGAAGAAAAGUUCUGUUUUAUUUUGAUGAGAUUCCAAGCCAGUGUAUGACUUGUGUCAUGUUCGAUGCGUACCGGGAGUAUAUCAUUGGGAAGACCGCUCCAGUCCCAGUCAAGGUGUAUGACUACUAUGAGCCAGCAUUCGAAGCAACCCGUUUUUACAACGUGAGUGAAACCAGUCCUCUGGCGCGUGAGCUGUGUGAUGGGACAACCUGUAAUGAAGUUGAAAGCUCGGCCAAUCAGUGGAUAGGGUUUGUCCAGGCUGCGACCUGUAAGAAUGUGUAUGACUGUCUGGAAGAGGAACACUAUGAGCUGUGCACAUGUUACCGUGACUGUGGUUUUGAUGGAAGCCCUGUUUGUGGCUCUGAUGGGAUUCUUUAUCAGAACCAGUGUCAGAUGGAGGUGGCAGCAUGUCGAAACAAUACCAGAAUUGAACAGGUUACAGUGUCACACUGCAGCCCCACGGAGAGCGUCGCUCCAGAGACCGAGGCUGUGGUGUCACCGAUGACAUUGGACUUGACAGAACAGAGCCAGCCAGCCACUGUCACCGUACCACAAGCAGAACUUUCCUAUUAUUCCUACGGAAUGAGUUACGAGUAUGAUCCGGAGUUUGAGUUCGAUGUGGACGAAGAGUCGGAAAUGAAUGAAGAUCGGACAGAGCGACCAAGUCAGGGAGGAGGUGGAGAACAGACACAAUCUUCAGUGAAAAGUGAAUGAUUCCCAAUGUCAGGCCCAGGAUGAGGAGCAAUGGGAGAAGGUGGAUAUGUGUUUAUUUGUUACAAAGGAGUGAGCACUGCUGCUGAGGACAACACGAUAUUAUCUGCACCCAACUAUUAAAUAGACUAGACAUAUUUAUCCUUUAGUAUUGUUUAAACUGAGCAGGCACGUUAGUGGAAUCUGGUAUUUAUAUUUUGUAAUUAUGUGUUCUAAUCUUCACUCUGUGAUAUUUAUAUUUCUGUUUUAGUUAAAGCCCCUCUUGCUGUGGCUGUUUCUCCUAGAGCUGGAUCAAGGGUCAACUUCCUAAUGUGUAUUAUUUAAUUUUUUAAUUAUUUACAAUCUCUCUUUCCCAGUGGAGGAUGAUUGUGCUGGAGAGUGGAGCAGUGAACUACCUGUAGCUUUUGAACAGACGUCGCAAGAGCAAAGUUCCAGCCUCCCCAUCAGGUCUCUCUCCUCCACCCCCCCACCCCCCACCACACACUUCCCAGUUUGAGAUUAAAAGGCAGCUGGAUGAUGUUUUGCUCCCUUCUUGUCCCCCACCCCCUAGGCCCUCUGUUAAAGGAAUUAAUCCCCUGCUCCAAGGUCUUCUGUUUUGCUGCUGGAAAUUGCAACUGGGCUCACAAUGGGACUGUGUCUGCAGGGGUGACGGUCUCCAGGGUUGAUCAGCUGCCUUUGUCUGGGCUGGCGUACACGGUGUGCAAUGGAAGGAACGUGAGGUUAGGGUUGUGUGGAGCUGAGGGCAUCAUAUUUUCUAGUAAUAAAGGUGACAAUCUUCCCAAAAACA